AUGCGCACGUCGCGAGCUUCAAAAGAUACGGCUAAAGUCCUGCAGGCCCUGUCGCCCCCUGGACGGCGUCAAACGCGCAGUGCCUCUGGGGCAAAUAUUUUGCGCGAAUUUGCGUAUAACGGGGGCACUGGUGCCGAACCUGCAGCCAGUAGCGACGAUGAUCUCUCGUCCCUGUCGUCGGUGGCCACCGUUGAUAUGGAGGAUCUUCUAGAGCCCCCUGCGAAACGACGGAAAAGCAAGCUCGCCAGUGUGGCGACAAGCGGCUCCCGGUCCACGAGACGAGUGCCUGAAAGGAUGAUCGAGAAGCCGGUGAAGAACGAGUCGAUAUCUCCCAAAGCUAAAGCUGCAAAGGCCCCUCGGAAGGUUCCAGCCCGAAAGAUCAAAAAGGAGGACGGUUCGCAUACAGUCGAGCCGCCGUCGAACUGGGAAACCAUCUAUGACACUGUCAAGAAGAUGCGGGAGGAGAAUCCGACCGCCCCUGUCGACACGAUGGGCUGCGCAGAGCUAUACUGGCGCGCUUCUUCACCAAGAGACAAGCGCUUUCAGACUCUGAUCGCGCUGAUGCUGUCGUCGCAGACCAAGGACACCGUUACGGCGGUAGCGAUGCAGCGGUUGCAUACGGAGCUUGGAGAGGCACCGGAUGUAGCCAAGCAAGAGCCCGUCAUCAAGCAGGAGGAGGACGUCGAAAAGCCCACCAAAGACAGUACCCUAAAUCUAGAGAAUAUCCUGGCUGUGCCCCCUGAACGUCUGAACCAACUCAUCGGCACCGUGGGUUUCCACAACAACAAAACCAAGUAUAUCAAAUCGGCAGCGCUCAUCCUCCGGGAUCAGUAUGAUUCGGAUAUUCCCUCAACAGCACCAGAACUCAUGAAGCUCCCGGGAGUUGGUCCCAAAAUGGCGUUCCUUUGCAUGAGCGCUGCGUGGGGCAAGCAUGAAGGCAUCGGCGUGGACGUUCACGUCCAUCGAAUCACCAAUCUCUGGGGCUGGCACAAGACAAAGAAUCCGGAGGAGACGCGAAUGGCGUUGGAGUCCUGGCUACCAAAGGACAAAUGGCAUGAGAUCAACAAACUGCUAGUCGGACUGGGCCAGACGGUCUGCUUACCAAUAGGGCGUAAAUGUGGUGACUGCGACCUCGCGGGGAUGAAGCUAUGCAAGAGUGAGAUCAAGGGGUUAGCAUCCAAAAGGAAGAAGCAGGAUGGCACAAUCGGUGUUUCCAAGGUGGAAGAUGGUGAAGAAAAGAUUAAGAUCGAAGGAGAGGAGGAGUAG